UGCAACCAGUAGUAUAAGGAGAGAAUCAAUUGAUUAUAGGCCAUAGCCACAUCUAAUCUAAUUGACACUUGGUAUAUAAAGGUCUCCACUAGGGUGUUGUUUAGUUUAUUGGUAGCAAGAGGAGAAAAAAAAUGGAGGAAGCACUUGAGACGAUGAUGAACAAAGUUCAAAUUUCUUCUUCUCCUGCAACAUACUGUGUUACUGGAGGCAAAGGUUAUCUUGGUUCAUGGCUUGUGGAGACUCUUCUUGAAAGAGGCUACAUUGUUCAUGCCACUGUUAGAGAUCCUGAAAAGUCGCUACACUUUCUGCCACUGUGGAAGGGAAAUGACCGAUUGAGAAUUUUCAAAGCGGAUUUGAAUGAAGAAGGAAGUUUCGAUGAGGCCGUGAAAGGUUGUGAUGGCGUUUUUCAUGUUGCAGCUUCAAAGGAAUAUAAGGUGGAUGAGACAGAAAACAUUGAGGCUUAUGUUCAAGCAAAUAUAAUUGAUCCUGCAAUCAAAGGAACCAUAAACGUUCUAAAGUCCUGCUUGAAUUCCAAUUCUGUGAAAAGGGUUGUUUACACAUCUUCAAUGAGUACCAUGAGUGCUAAAGACAGCAAUGGGAAGUGGAAACCUGUUGUUGAUGAAUCUUGCCAAAUCCAAACUGAACAUAUGGUGAAAACACAACCAAUUGGGUGGGUUUAUGCACUUUCAAAGCAUCUAACAGAAGAGGCAGCAUUUAAGUUUGCUAAAGAGAAUGGCAUUGACCUUGUGUCAGUCAUAACAACCGCUGUUGCAGGCCAAUUCUUCACUGCUAAUAACGUACCACCAAGUGUUAAAGUCCUACUGUCACCAUUAACAGGUGAACCUGAGUUCUUCAAGCUACUAUCUUCUGUAAAUGCACGAAUGGGGUCAAUUUCUGCUGUUCACAUUGAAGAUAUAUGCAGUGCACACAUAUUCCUAAUGGAGCAUUCUAAAGCAGAAGGUCGAUACAUAUGUAGCAGCCAAUGUUUUCCGAUCUCUAUGUUGGCUAAUCUUCUUGCCAAAGAGUAUUCCUACUCAAACAAGAAAAAGAUUGCUGAGAAAAAUUGUGAUAAAGUUCCUUCUGACAUUUCCUCAAAGAAAUUAAAAGAUUUGGGUUUUUGCUACAAGUAUGGGCUUGAAGAUAUAAUCCAUCAGACAAUUAUUUGUUGCCAAGAUUAUGGUUAUUUACCUCCAAUUAUACAAUAGUUUUUCAAAACUGUUGUACAUGAUUUUAAGACUUGUCUUGUUCUAUGAUCACAAAAAAAUAAAUGAAGUCAUAUUUUCAAAGUUAUUUCCA